AUGGCCGCUUCAAACUAUGGCGAUGUCGAGUUUUGUACCCUAGGAAUGUUCAUCAUUGAUGACAUUGAUUUUGGUGGCGCAAGACCCGCAGUCAAGAAUAUCACGGGUGGAGCGGCAUCAUUUGCAGUUGUAGGCGCACGCUUGGUAUCGGGUUCUAAGCAUGCGCGAGCUGUAAGCUGGAUUGUGGAUGUGGGCUCUGAUUUCCCGUCUGAAACACUCGCUGUGAUUAAAUCAUGGAACACAGACUGUCUAUUCAGAGAGGAUACCAGCAGGCUAACUACGAGAGCCUGGAAUGGAUAUCACCCCAAUGAACAACGAGGUCAGUAUCCAGAUAUGUUUCGUCGGAAUGCGAGGUUGACUGACCCCGCAGACUUCAAAUAUUUGACUCCAAAAUUGAGACUCGAGCCUGAAAUGCUCUCCGAGAGACAAGUAUGGUCAAAGACAUUCCACAUGGUGUGUUCCGCAUCUCGCUGUAUCUAUAUAGUGCACAAUAUCUUGCAGCGACGAGAAAAAUUGCGCAAGGCCGGCAGUGUCCCUUCCACGGCAGAUGUUUCCAAGCGCCCUAUCUUCAUAUGGGAACCAGUUCCUGACCUCUGUACCCCGGAGGAACAACAGAACUUCUUUGCAGCCAAUGCCGUUGUGGAUGUUGUGAGUCCUAACCAUAUGGAACUCAGCAUGAUGUUCGACCAGCCUAGUUGGACCGAGGAAAGCCAAGAGGGGCAGGCGCUAGUUAGAAGAAUUACGGACUCUGGCAUCGGUCCAGAUGGAAAUGGUCUUCUGGUUAUAAGAGCUGGAAAGGACGGUAGCUACGCCUACUCUAAGACCUGCAAGAUUUGGCUUCCCGCAUACCACCAGCCAGAUGCGUCGGGGGCCACACCAGUCGUCGACCCCACGGGCGCCGGGAACUGUUUUCUAGGUGCUCUGGCUCAGGGCAUGGUGACUGCAGGCCGGGAACCAUUCCAGGUCAUCCAAUCCGUAUUAUCACAGUCAGACAACUGGAAGAAAGGUCUUGAGUCUUGGGGCAGCUUCAAGCACCACCCCAUGGCACUCAUCUGCGCAACAGUCGCAGCGGGAUUUGUUGUGGAACAAAUUGGCGUUCCACAAAUUGACAAGGGAGAAGGAGAAGAAUCGUGGAAUCAGUCUGAAUUCACGGAACGUGUCCGCCUGUACACGCAGCGAUUAUUGAGGACACUUGAAGAGUCUCCCCAGAGACACCUAUUGACCAAUUGA